AUGUCGCAAUACCUUCCCCAGAUUUCCUCGCAGUCCCUCGAGGAUAAAGUAGUCCUGAUCACAGGAGGUGCUAAUGGCAUUGGCGCCAGCCUGGUACAGCAAUGUCUUGAGAGUGGCGCAAAUGUCUGCUUUGGAGAUCUCGACAACAUUAGUGGCGAGCGCCUGCUGAGGAAGUCCGUUGAGGAAUUCAAGCCCACGGAAGCUAAGCAUCCCCCGAGGGUAGUCUUCCAGACAACGGAUGUGACCAACUAUCAAUCGGUGCUGGCCCUGUUCGAUUUGGCCUUCAACACCUAUAAACGCAUUGACCACGUUGUCUCUGCGGCUGGUAUUGCAGAGAUUGGCAAUUGGUUCGACUUCGGACUUACUUUGCAGACAGUCCGCCAAACUCCGACCCAAAAAGUUCUCGACGUCAACCUUGUCGGUUCGAUGUACGUCGCCCGAAUUGCCUCCGUCUAUCUACGACACAACCGCGGCCCUGGCGCAGACCGCUCCAUUCUCCUCUUCUCUUCCGUCUCUGGAUUCAAGGAAAGUCCAUCUCUAUUCAUCUAUCAGGCAUCUAAGCAUGGCGUGAUUGGACUCAUGCGCUCCCUUCGCAACUACAUCUCCUCUCCGUAUAAGCACUAUCUCCGGAUCAACACCAUCUGCCCUUGGGUGACCCAGACCGACACGAUGAAGCAGAUCGAGCAGCAAUGGAAACAAGCCAGCCUGCCCACAAACACGACCCGAGAAGUCUCCACAAUAGCUACUGGUAUGUUGACUGACGCGUCUCUGAAUGGCACGUCCAUGUUUGUCGAAGGUGGACGCGCCUGGGAGAUUGAGGGUAACAUUGAACGCCUGGAAGCCCAAUGGCUCGGCGAAGCCCCAUCCAAGUCCCUUGCAGCAGGCCAGGAGCUGCUGGAUGAUGGUGCUAUCUGGACUGCAGUGCCCCGCAAGAGGUCUAGCAUUUCAAAUGGUAUCCCCCGGCAGAAUGGCACUCGGAAGAACUCGAUGAACGGGUUCGCAAAUGGCCACACCAAUGGAGUGACUAAAGCAACCAAUGGGGUCACCAACGGAUUCAGCAAUGGGAUGACCAAUGGGAUUGUGAGUGGAGUGCACUGA